AUGAGGAGGUAUGGCAAGACGAGGAUUGUUGCGGAUACGCUUACUAUUGGCAGCGAUACGGCAGUCAUUCGUGUCAGGCCUCAGUUUGCAGUCAAGUUGUUGCCAAGUGCAAGAGAUGAUAAAAGGGAUUGGCCUGUUGGACAACCGGAUUACUUGCAGUUCACGCUUUACAAACGCAACAAGGACACGACAGCAGUGAUUAAUCAGCUGGCGUCCAUGUUGAAGAUACCUUCGACGCAUUUUUCCUAUGCUGACCUUAAAGAUAAGCGUGGAAUCACCACGCAGCUCUGCACAGUGUAUCACGUACUGAAAGAGCGUGCUCAGGUUUUGUUUCGGCCAGGCGGUUUAAAGAAGCUGGAAGAUCAACAGUUUAUUGUGGGCGACUUGCGGUACGUAUCACGUAAAAUUGAGCUGGGCGAGUGUGCUGGUAACCGCAUCGCCAUGGUGAUUCGAUCUUUGCCUGAAGACGAAAAAGAAUUGUCGGAGAAGGAUAUACGUCGAGCAGUACGCAGCUGGGAAACGCGUGGGUUUAUCAACUUUUUUGGUCUACACCACUUUGGCAACGUCAGUACUUCUUAUCACCUGCUUGGGCGUGCGGUGCUGCGCAAAGACUACAAGUUGGCUGUGCUGUUAUUACUUCGUCCCCAGGAGGGUGAAGCUAGCAAGAUCAGGGCUGCGAGAGAACACUUUCGCCAGCACAAGGAUGUGGCAGCAGCUCUGCGCAUGUUUCCGCCUUUUUUAGUACCAGAGCGAGCUGUUCUCGAGGGUCUUCAGAAGCACGGCAUUGAUGCGCACGAGCUAGCAUUCAACAGCAUUCCGAAAACAUUCCGUGUAUCUUUUGUGGAGGCGUACCAGUAUUUCGUGUGGAAUGAGAUGGCGAGUAUGCGCAUAUCGAAGUAUUCAUCGAUGUCAGCUGUAGUUGGCGACUUUGUCCUUAAGAAAAAGGUUGACUCGAACAUUUCACGAACUUUAAAUGGAGCAAGUGAACCAGCAAGGAAGCGCCAGCGGACUGGAAAGAGUACAAGAAGACAGUCGAUCCAGGAGGUCGUGGAACUCACGGAGGCUAACGUAGACCAGUACUUGUUCGAGGACGUGGUGCUGCCACUACCAGGACACGCUAUCAAGUACCCCACUAACGAGAUUGGUGCUGCGUAUCGAAAGUUGCUCAUGACAGACGGGAUUGAUUUGAAUGCGCAUUUUGGACCUGAUGGAAGUCAAACCUAUCUACUAGAUGGAUCAUACCGCCACUUGGUACGAAAGCCCACACGCGUGUCGUUCCAAUUAAAAUGCUACACUGACCCGACGGAACCUCUGAUUCCCAAUGACGUUGACCGCUUGCUUGCUAAUGCUCCUGCGUCUUUGUUGGACAACUCUAUCCCAGACGACAAAGCAAGGCUUCUGUCGAAUAAACAAACAGGAAGUGCAGUUGUACACCGUGCAUUAGUGCUGGAAUUUGAUUUGGAGUACGGCUCAGAUGCGACAAUAGCCAUCCGCGAGCUAAUGAAGCAGAGUAGCAGCGUGCAAGUAAAUUGGCAAACGCCCAGCUCUGAAGCAGGACAUGACGAUGUCGCAAAGGUCAUAAAUGGCUCAUCCGUUGUAUACUCAGCUUCGAGCGGUUCUAGAGCUGCCAUUAUAAGUCCGCAGGUGACGAAGUCUGGACGAGAUAACACUCGCAAGGUCAUGAAGACUGAAAAGAAGACUCAAGUGGCCAUUGGUCGCCCGGGAUUCAGCCUUGGCAGGUCAUAG